AUGAAACUCUGCACCGGUAUACCCAUUACCGCUUAUCAUACGAACAUAAUGCUAAAUUGCGCGGCACUUUUGCUUCUCGAAAUAAAUUAUAAACAAGGCCACCUUUGGCUGGUGGUGGGUAAUCCAUCUGUCACCGACGACGUCGGCAUUUGUUGUCGCUCUUUGAAGACGGUGGUGAGGCGGCGAGGAUCCGUCUCUUUACCAGUGAUAUUAUUAUUGAUUGCAAGUCGUCGGAUGAGGCGACCCUCCGAGAGAGAGCACUUUGCUGAUGAUGAUCCGCAGCCGAGCCGCGCGACCACCGGUCAUCAUCUGCUACAGCGGAUCCUGCCACCUCCGUUUAUUUGGACCACUGCUUUUUGUCCAUUAAUCUAA